AUGACAAAAGAUGCCAAAGAUGGGAAAGCGAAAGGUCCUGAAACAAGUGCAUUCAUGAAGGACUUCAUCGCCGGUGGAGUUUCCGCUGCGGUGUCCAAAACCGCCAUGGCGCCUAUGGAGCGAGUCAAACUAAUUCUACAAGUACAGCACGUUUCAAAACAAAUCGCAGAAGAUAAAAGAUACAAAGGUAUCGUUGACGCCUUCAUCCGAAUCCCUAAAGAACAAGGAAUCGGUUCUUUGUGGCGAGGAAAUUUAGCUAACGUAAUUAGAUAUUUUCCCACGCAAGCAUUGAAUUUUGCAUUUAAAGAUGUUUACAAAGGCAUGUUCUUAGAGGGUGUUAAUAAAAAUACACAGUUCUGGACGUAUUUUGCUGGUAAUUUAGCCUCCGGCGGGGCAGCCGGUGCGACAUCUUUGUGUUUCGUGUACCCCUUAGAUUUUGCAAGAACAAGAUUGGCCGCUGAUGUGGGUAAAGGAAAGGCAAAAGAGUUUAAUGGAUUAGUCGAUUGUUUGAUGAAGACCAUGAAGUCUGAUGGCCCAAUAGGAUUGUACCGAGGGUUCGUUGUCUCGGUACAAGGAAUAAUUAUUUAUCGUGCCACAUAUUUUGGGCUGUACGAUACAGCUCGAGGAAUGCUCGUUGAUCCCAAAAAUACUUCAAUAUUUGUUUCAUGGCUCAUUGCUCAGACAGUAACUACGAUUGCCGGUAUUACCUCGUAUCCUUUAGACACGGUGCGGCGGCGUAUGAUGAUGCAGUCCGGUCGGCCAGUCAACGAACGACUAUACAAAAAUACGCUACAUUGUUGGGGUGUUAUACUCCGAACAGAAGGGGCGGGAGCUUUCUUUAAAGGUGCCUUUUCAAAUGUUCUUCGAGGAGCCGGAGGCGCCUUUGUACUUGUUUUAUACGAUGUGAUUAAAAGCCAUCUUUAA